UACAACAUAAUGCACAUACCAAGUUUAGCAAGGGCGGCCAGAAUCAUCCUGGUAGGCGCACCAGGUGUUGGCAAAGGCACUCAGACGGAGCGCUUGAUGCACAAAUUCUCCCAACUGUCGGCAAUCAGUUCUGGCGACCUGCUGAGGAAGAAUGUGAGGGAGCGGACUCCUCUCGGCAUCAAGGCCGAGUCGACCAUGAAGUCCGGAAAGCUGGUGCCAGACACAAUGAUCCUGCGCCUGAUUGUGAAUGAACUGACGACGCGGGGAUGGAUACGGGACAAUGCGCUGCGGCCAUAUGCCCUCAACUUCAGUUCCAUGGACAUGGCCGACACUACAGUUGACUCGGUCAUGAUUCCGUCCGAGGUGCGGGCCCCGCGCUACACCUUCUCCAACCACCCCUCGGCAUCCUUCAUCCUCGACGGCUUCCCCCGCACUGCUGUCCAGGCGAUUCAACUCGACAACAUUGUGCCCAUCAACAUGGUCGUCCAUCUCAACACGCCCAGUGACAUCAUCAUCAACCGCAUCUGCAAUCGCUGGGUGCACGAACCCUCAGGGCGCGUUUACAACACCACGUUUAAUGCGCCAAAGGUGCCGGGCAAAGACGAUGUCACGGGUGAGCCGCUCACACGACGCGCAGACGACGACCCAGAGGUGUGGAAGGCGCGUCUCCAGAGCUUCAAGGAAACCAGCGAGCCUCUGCUUGAGCACUACGACAAGCUGGGCGUGCUGUGGACCGUGAAUGGAAACAGCAGCGACGAGAUAUCCCCCAAGCUCUUCAACGAGUUUGGCAAGCGCUUCGGUGCUGAGCAGUAAUGGGUGCGCACUAACGGGCUUGAGUUGCGAGUGUUUGAUUAUGUCACGAUGAUACCGUUACACUUUUCUGGUUUACAGACCAAGGGUUUAGGGUGGCCUUCUGGAUUAAGCAUGAAUGUAUCUGACCAUGCACGCGACAAGGGAGCGCGUUUGCUUGGGCGAGUUGCGCAUUCCGGAUUCACUGUAGAUAUUCACCGACUGUGGGAUGAUUGCAGGCCUGUUUGCACUUAGCUGAGCAGGAACGAUUGAUGCGCGCACACCAAAUAUGCUCAUUGAGCCUUUGAACA